CGCCGCCGCGUCCCUCGUCGGAGCGGCCGCCCGCCCGGCCGGCUCGAGGCCCGGGAGCGGCUGGUGCGCGGCGGCGACGACGAGCGGGCAGGGCGGCGGCCGGGAUGGCGCGGCCGCGGCCCCGCGAGUACAAGGCGGGCGACCUGGUGUUCGCCAAGAUGAAGGGCUACCCGCACUGGCCGGCCCGGAUCGAUGAACUCCCAGAGGGCGCCGUGAAACCUCCAGCCAACAAGUACCCCAUCUUCUUUUUUGGCACCCAUGAAACUGCAUUCCUAGGUCCCAAAGACCUUUUUCCUUAUAAGGAAUACAAAGACAAAUUUGGAAAGUCCAAUAAGCGGAAAGGCUUCAAUGAAGGAUUGUGGGAAAUAGAAAAUAACCCCGGAGUGAAGUUCACUGGAUACCAGGCAAUUCAGCAGCAGAGCUCUUCAGAGACCGAGGGGGAAGGUGGAAACACGGCAGAUGCAAGCAGUGAGGAAGAAGGCGACAGGGUGGAGGAGGACGGCAAAGGCAAGAGAAAGAACGAGAAGGCAGGCUCGAAGCGGAAAAAGUCAUAUGCGUCCAAGAAAUCCUCUAAACAAUCCCGGAAGUCUCCGGGAGAUGAAGAUGACAAGGACUGCAAAGAGGAGGGCAACAAAAGCAGCUCUGAGGGCGGCGACGCAGGCAACGACAUGCGAAACACUGCUUCAGACUUGCAGAAAAGCAGCGAAGGGACCUAACUACUGUAAUGACUGCUGCGUGUUCAGAGAAACCACGGGAAAGUUCUUCGCUGGUUGUCUGACAUUCUUGGAUUUGAUAUGAACCGACACCUAGUCUUGUUAUCACCGACUGAACCCCAGUGUGUGUACGUUCUUCACAUUCCUUUCUGUUGUGUUUGGGAGAAAAAGACUUCUCCGACUUUUCGAAGGUUCUCGAUUUAAUUCCAUGUUGUUUGGUUGCAUGAAGUUGCCCUUAACCACUAAGGAUUGUCAAGAUUUUUGCACAAACUCAUCCUCAUCUAGGAUCCCUUUGAUCAAGGCAGUUAUUAUGGCUCAUCAUUCUCCUGCCUUUCCUCCAGGGCCACCAAACACUAAGUUCAGUAUAAAUUCUCAUUUGUUUAAUGACCACUCAACGUAAUGCUGAAGAGAUUUCCUCUCUGUGGCAGAGCCCAGGAACCAAUUCCUAGAUACAUAAUGCCGGCAUAUUGAAGAUGGGAGUAAAAUUGCUCUUCAGUUUUGAGGCCAUGUGUAAAAGUUUAAUCAUGUUGUAAAAUAUCUAUUCCAUAUUAGAACUAGCUAGUUGACAGCUGAUACUUCUCCAGGUCCACGUUGUUAUGUAUGCAAACUCAGUUUCUGUAUGUGAGGUUAGUGAGUCUCUGUGUUACGUAAAAAUAAAGGCGAUGAUUUAUUUUUUCCCAAUGCCAAUUUGA